GUUUUGACCGCGGUGGUGCUGGCCUCUGGGUUGAUCGCAGCGGCAAUCAUAUUUCGAAGCGGUGGGUACCCCGUGGCAAUGUGCCCACCUGGGGGCAACCAGGUGGCCCAACCUAUGGCCUUGAGUGGAAACAAGGUCAAGACUGCUGACUUGAAGAACGACAAGGGUGAUCAUUUGACGGAAGCUUUCGACUACGACAGACAAUCUAACACCGUGCUCAUUGAAUCUCCAGCAAAUAUCAGCGAGAGCUCCUCCGCUGCCACCAUCGCGGUGGACCUCGACCGGUCUGUCAUGUUCAUGAGUUUCCACGAUUCCAACACCUGCAUCGGCCUCGCGAUCGAAGACGACUUCGCCCACCAAGUGCGCGAUUACGUCGAGGAGAACGGCCAAAAUGAGAUCGACAUAUCAAGUGUCGCGUUCGACAUUGAGAACUACCGCCUGGUCGGCCAGAUUCCGGCCGCCUACAUCCAGGCCACAAACGGGCCGGUCAUCCGCGGCCUCUGCGCUGGCCGCAACACGUUCUGGGCGCUUCCCGUGACCGGCGAGGAGCACGACCGUCUACGGCGUGAGGUGGACUGCGGUAUCUUCAGGGCUUGUGUCUGCAUGUACAACCUCUGCGGCUGCCGUUGGGUCAUCGGUUGCUUCGAUAUGGAUAAGCUCCGUAGGGCCGGUUGGGAAGUCGAAUAUUAGGUCCUGCGUGGUGUGCACUAAAUGUUUAAGGUUA